AUGUCUGCAGAAGGACACAAGCUCCGUGGCAGCUGUCAUGCCUGCGCCGCGUCCAAAGUGCGAUGCUCCAAGGAAAAGCCGACCUGUUCACGAUGCUCCAAACGAGGCACGACCUGCGAGUAUCUCAUCACCAAACGGCCCGGACGGAAACAGCUCAACAAUCGAUCGACCGCCAAAGAGUCCAGCAACACCACCAGAACCAGCCUCGCUACAGUACCGCAGGGGUUGCUAGAACCAGAUCCGAUGUCGACUGCCAUCCCUCUGGCCGACCAACCGCCAUGGUCGCCUCCGGGCACGACACCCUCGUCCUUAGACGUGUUCUCGAGUCUGUUUGACUCGGCCGAGGGCUCGUGGUCGUUGCCGCUCGCCGACUGGGACAACGAGGUGGAUGAGUACCUCACCCACCUGGCCAUGCCCCGAACGGCAAACUCAGAGCCUCUGGACGCCGAGGGUGGCAUCACCAGUUCUCACAACACAAGCAGCAACAGCCCCGCCAGACCACCGACUCUUCAGCCGGUCUGCCCCCAGCUCACGUGCGUCGCCCAGUCCACGUUCCCGGCGCCCGGACAAUGCCGGGGAACAUCGCCGACCCUCGUCCUGUACCUGUCUCAACAGUGCGCUGGAUCUGUUGAAGCGGCUGACCACCAGCGAUCCGCGGGACGACUGCACAUCCGGCGCCCCGCAAGAUGA